AUGGGCGAUAAACCCUUUGAAAGACCCAGGAGAACUGGUGUUAAUUACACCAGGAUUCUUAAUAUUAAUCCGUUACUAAAUAAAAACAAAUUUAAAUUCAAUCCUAUCAACAAGAAAGAAAAAUUUUUAAAUAAAAAACUCGAUGCAGAAAAUACAGCAGUAAACGUAAAACAAACAGUAGAAACAUUGAAGAGUAAACCAAUCCCUAAAGUUACAAUUUUAUUGAAAGAUGAUAACAAUGAUUCGAACCAAGAUCAAACUACUGAAGAAAUGACAAAAGUGGAAGAAAAUGGAGAAAACGAAGAAUUAAAUGAAAACCAAGAAAACAAUAAUACAACUGGUGCGAAAAAAUACAAACUUUGGAUCAUAGCUGAUAAAAUUUUGGGAAAAAAUCUAAAUGAAAAAUUGGAGAAUGUUAGUUUAACCCUGAAAAAACAGUCUGUAGUAAUCAAAAUACAAACAGAAUCAUUCAACAAUAGGAAAAUGAUUGCAGCGUAUUACGACAAUGAAGAAGAAAUGAAAAAGGGAAAAAUAUGCGAUGUAGGCGAAUAUGCAAAUAAGCCAACUUACAUGCAUAGGGCUGAAAUUUUUAAACGUAAUCCAGACAAAGAAAUGCAACACGGCGUCAAACUGUGGGACGUACCCUUAGGAUUUAGAAAUAAAGAUAUUAAACAAGAACUGGAAUUGAAAUUUGGAGAAAUUACAAGAAUUUCUUUAAGAGUAAAUAACAUGUGGCAAUCAGCUGUUAUUAUUUUUAAAGAAAAAAGUAGUGCACAAAAGCUACUUGCUAAUUGGAGCAUCAUUAUUGGAGAAGAUUCUCUUAGAGUAACACAUUUAGAUCAAACAAUUGAUAAUCUCAAAUCACGUGGUCAAUAUGCAGCAAGGGUAAUCGGUUUGCCCAAUGGUAUUACAGCAAGAGAAUUGUGGCCACACAUCGAAAAAUUGGGAGCAAAAACUUGUUACUUUCCAAGAACACGAAACUACAGGAAGAAAGGCGAAGCUAUUAUCUCCUUUCAAGAGGAAGAAGCUCGUGAGAAUGCUUGUAACGCAGUAUGGGAAGGUGGUGAUCUCAAUAUUAGAAUUGUAAACAUCCAAACAAAAACAUGCCACCGUUGUCAUGAAACGGAUCACUUUGUCGCUAAUUGCCCUCAUAGAAUUCAGGACCACGAAUACAAAAAUAAAGCAGCAGAGAGAAUAGAAAAAUUUGCGAACUUAGAUACUACAAGUGACCAAAGAUUAGAAAGAAUCGAACAAGUAUUGAAUAAACUUUGUGAAUGUUUAGAAAUCCUAGAACACCACGUGAUGAAUACAACAGAAGAACAGAUUCAAGAUUGGACAUCUGAGCAGGAGGAGGAUGAGGAAAUGAUAGAUGAAGAAGUUACAGAAAAUAAUAAUGAUGCUAAUAAUAACGAUAAAUCAAAAUUAAAUAAAAAACAUGAAACAAAUAACAAGUUAGAUAUAAUUAUCCUCACAAUGCAACAAAUGACAAAUAGAAUUGAAACAAUUGAAACGAGAGUAGGAUCGACAUCGACCUUCUCUGGAACAAAAACUUCUGAAAGCAAUAUUGAUUAUAUUAAACGUGAACUUUUAUAUAAUUAUAUUAAAAACAGUAAGAUAGAUAUCAUGGGUAUCGCAGAAACAAAUUGUAAAGAAAAUAAUGAAAAGUGGUUUAUAGAUGAAGGAAAAAAGUAUAGAAUACAUUGGUCUUCUGAUGGUAUAGGGAGAGCAAUAAGAGUGGACAUGGCACUACCAAAAAAAACCACAGUACGGAUAAUACAAAUAUAUUUAUCAAGUAAAAAAUGUGAAAAUAAAGAAGUAAUGGAAAAAAUAAAAAACUGGGUUAUACAAGCACAACAAAAAAACUACAAAUUAAUUGUAAUGGGAGACUUCAACGCAGUCCCCAGAGAACUUAUCGACUGUUACAGAACAAUGCACCCUGAAUCUAGUGGCUUCACAUGGCAAAGAGAUAAUUCAACUGCUGAAAGUCACAUCGAUGCAAUAUGGAUGUCAGAAAAAUGGGGAGGAAAAAUGGAAUCGUGUUAUGUUGAUAAUUUAAAUUUAAUAACAGAAAGCGAUCAUAAGCUGGUAGACCUCAAAAUUAGAAGAAACUGGCAAAUUCGUGAAAGGAAAAAUAAUAUUAUAAAUAAUAGCCCUAGAUAUAAUACUAAAGUAAUGUGCGAAGAAAAAUGGUUAAAAUUUACGAAAUACGUAGAGGAAAAAAUCAAUAACUCAAUAAUAGAAGAAAGGGAAAGGAAAUAUGGGGUGUCAAUAAAUUCCAUGGAGAAAACAUGGAAAACUCUUAAAAACAUUAUGAUCGAGGGAGCUGACCAUGCAAUACCAAAAAAACGGGAAAAAAAGCAUAAUAAAAAAAUAAACAGAAAUGUCGCGGAGAAUAUGAAAAAAGCAAAAAGUCUCAAUAAAAUCUAUCGCUUUGUCAAAAAAGAAAAAGCCAAAUCUCUGUUAUAUAUUAAAAAUCACGUGAUUUUCAAAAGAGAAACACAUAAAUUAUCCAUACUUAAUUUUAAAAUAAAAAAAAUUAUAGAGAAGAACGACACGCGUGAAGACUUAAUCGAAGCUCUCAGAAUUGCAAGUCUUGAUUUUCAAAGUGUUGCAAGGGCAGAAAAAAAGAAAGAAACAUUAAAACAAAUACAAGAAGCAGUCGAACGACGAUGGGAAAAUCUUAAAGAAAAUCCAAAAAGAAUGAUUAAUAGUAUCCUAGAUAGACAACGUAAAUCGAUUAUUAUGGACCGCAUAAUUAACGAAAAUGAGGAGGGAAAUAUCGAAAUUAUAACAGAUAGUAUAGAAAUUAAGGAAGCAGUAAAAAACUACUUCUGUAGUUGA